GCGCGUGGGAAUGAAUCAUAUCAAACAACUCCACGCGCGAUGUCUCAAAACUGGCGUAGACGAAACCAAAGCUCUUCAACGAUUGCUUCGGAUUCCUAAUCUUGCUUAUGCCCGAAGGCUCUUCGAUCUUCACCGAAACCCUUGUAUCUUCCUCUACAAUAAGCUAAUUCAAGCUUACUCUGUUCAUGACCAGCCCCAUGAAUCUGUCGUCCUCUUCAGGCUCCUCUCCUUCAAUGGCCUCCGACCAAAUCACCACACUUUCAAUUUCAUUUUCGCCGCUUCUGCUUCGAUUUCUUCAGUUCGAACUUUACGUAUGUUUCAUUCGCAGUUUUUCAGAUCUGGGUUCGAGUCUGAUUCCUUCUGCUGCACGGCUCUGAUCACUGAAUAUGCGAAGCUAGGAGCAUUGCGUUGUGCGCGCCGGGUGUUCGACGAAAUUUCUAACCGAGAUUUAGCAGUUUGGAAUGCGAUGAUCACGGUUUACAACAGGCAAGGUGAUAUGAAGGCGGCGAUGGAAUUGUUUGAUUCAAUGCCUUGUAAGAACGUAAUCUCGUGGACCACCGUUAUUUCUGGGUUUUCUCAGAACGGGAAUUACUCUAAGGCCUUAUCGAUGUUUUUGUGUAUGGAGAGUAACAAAACCGUUAAACCGAACCAUAUUACUGUAGCUAGUGUUCUUCCGGCUUGUGGGAAUCUCGGGGCAUUGGAUAUUGGCCGAAGAUUAGAAGGCUAUGCUAGAGAGAACGGCUUCUUCGAUAACAUUUACGUGAGUAAUGCUACACUGGAGAUGUACUCAAAAUGUGGGAUGAUUGAUGUAGCUAAACGGAUAUUCGAUGAAAUCGGAAACCAGAGGAAUUUGUGCUCAUGGAACUCCAUGGUCAGUGGCCUAGCAACUCACGGGAAACACGACGAAGCUCUUGAGCUUUAUGCCCAAAUGUUGCGAGAAGGAGAAAAACCUGAUGCAGUGACAUUUGUUGGGUUGCUGCUAGCUUGUGUUCAUGGUGGGAUGGUGGUGAAAGGCAAAGAAUUGUUCAAGUCCAUGGAGCAAGUUCACAAGAUUUCCCCAAAGCUAGAGCACUACGGAUGCAUGAUUGAUCUCUUGGGGCGUGUUGGGAAGCUGCAAGAAGCCUAUAAUCUCAUCAAAACAAUGCCGAUGAAGCCAGAUGCUGUCGUUUGGGGAACCCUUUUGGGUGCUUGUAGUUUCCAUGGCAAUGUUGAGAUAGCAGAGAUAGCAAGCGAAGCACUGUUCAAGCUUGAACCUUCAAAUCCAGGUAACUAUGUGAUCAUGUCGAAUAUCUACGCUGCGAAUAAGAAGUGGGAUGGGGUUUUGAGGAUGAGGAAGAUGAUGAAGAAGGAAACGAUGACAAAGGCUGCUGGGUAUAGCUAUCUUGUGGAAACAGGUGUUGAAGUUCAUAACUUUACUGUGGAAGAUAAAUCACACCCAAGAUCUUCUGAGAUAUAUCACGUUCUUGAUGAAAUCUUCCGGAGAAUAAAACCAGAGAAGAGUUACUUUGAUUCUGCAGUUCAGCAUGAGCAACUAUGCAUAUGGUAGUAGAGAUUUUGUUUUGCUUCACUGUCCCGAAACAAUGGCUGAAUUGUAUUAAUGCGAUUUUGGUGUCUUC